AUGCUGGACGCCCACGCAGUUGCCGAGUUUGUUGGGCUCACCGGGGCCUCGUCCGACUUGGCGGCCCAGUACUUGCGGCGCAACCACAACGACGUGCGGGCGGCCGUCGACGACUACUACGCCACCCAACCGUCGACUACGCCGCCGCCUGCUACUGCGGCUACCAGUCGGUCCGGCGGCGGCGGGGUCCGUACGUUAAGAGAUUUCGACUCUGGUACAUCUAGAGGAGAUGACGACGAGCGGAAUAACCUAUUUACCGGUGGCGAAAAGCUGGGGUUGGCGGUGGAAGGGCCCGACCGCGGUGGCAACAACCACAACGACCAGAGCUUGAUUGACCAGAUCUUCCGCCGAGCACAGGAACAGAUGGGCGAGGCCGACGACCGCCCCAGUGCCCAGCAACCGCAGCUGCUGUCGCGGGCUCAGUUUGUUGGCACUGGGUUCAAAUUGGGAGAUGGCACCGAGCCCAGCGAGCUGGUGGCGGGAGACCGGGUCGAGCGCCCGGCGAAAGUGACGCGGGAAAUCACUUUCUGGCGUCAAGGGUUUACCGUCGGCGACGGGCCAUUACACCGCUACGAUGACCCGGCCAAUGAAGCGGUACUCCGUGAAUUAAACCAGGGCCGGGUGCCGGUGCUGCUUCUUGACGUUGAGUUUGGCCAGGACGUCGAUGUCCAAGUGUAUAAGAAGACUGAAGAGGACUAUGUGCCUCCCAGACGUCGUCCCGGUGGAUACCACGGCCAGGGCCACCGUUUGGGGUCUCCCGUCCCCGGUGAAGUCAUUGGUGUCGAAGAACCAGCUCCCACUGACGCUACCUCUUCUUCUGAGGCGGCCACUGCUCCUGCUGAUCCCGAGCCUCUGGGGGAUACUCCCGUCCAGAUCCGGUUCGCCAACGGUAAGAAAUUGCUGCACCGCUUCGACAGCUCCCAGCCCGUGAGCGACGUGUACCAGUUCGUCGCCUCUCACGCGUACAACGAUGCCGCGGGGCGUGAGUUCACCCUCAACCACGCCUUCCCCGUCAAGGUGAUCGACGCCGACGGCACCGUGGGCGACGCCGGGUUGAAGAACGCCGUCAUCGUCCAGAGAUGGAAGCAGUAG